GGCUGCUUUUUUCGUUUUGCCACGAGCUUUCCUACUGUUAAGAACGAUAGUACGAAAACUUCAUCACGACGGAACAACUCUUAGAGACGACACUAGCUGUGUCAACAUUGAAAACCGAAGAAGCUGGUGUUGCUGGUGGCACGACCGGAGAAGAAAAGAUGUCGCCGUUGCGCAAGAGCAGUGUCGUUUCCAAGAUGAAGCACGUGCUUCUUCCUGUUCUUCCGAAUCUUUGCGUUUUACUGCAACUUUUCCCGACACAGCUGCAGGCACACCGAUUCGGGAAAAUGAAAGCAACGGCGCCGAGCUUGCAAGGAGAAAAUUCUCUGCCCGGAACGACAACGGGAGCGCCAACAACGCGGGUGCCGCACAGUGCGCCCUCCACGAUCUAUCCCACAGAAAAGCACACCCAGAUUGCCAGAAAAAGGAGCGAGAAUUUGUGUUGCUAUAGUGAUAGUCGCGUCCCGGAAAAAUGAAAAAUAAACUUUGCAAAAAUGCGAAAACCACAAGACCACAGACAACGUUCUGGCACGCAGAGUGCAGUUUGCUGUCAUGCGUACGUAUUAGGAAUGACAGAGCUCCUCCUGCUGCUGCUCCAGUACCAGCGCGUACCAAAAAAGUUGGCCCUGCUCAACAGCCAAAGGAGUUUUGUUGUUGUUGUUUGUAGUUGUUGAUGUUGUAAAUUUGUUUGCCUCGUGUUGUACUUUUCUGCAGAAUACGAUCCUGCCACCACCACCGGGAACGACGGCGAGCUCCGUUGCGUUGCCGGGGACAAUCUUAUCGCCCGCGUUAGAGGACGCCACCACUGCAGCGUCCGGGACCGCGCAUCAAAACUUCGGAGGCACCAGAGUGGGUACCAGUCCACACAGCCCGGGCACGAUCGGCUCCGUGGCGGAAAACAACCCUUUCGCCACCGCCGCAUCUUCCGGAACAGUUGCAACCGCGAAUAGCAAUUAUCGUGGCUGUAUGCAUUGCAAAUAUGUCUGGGUCUGGAAGAGUGCAAACUUGUGAUGCGCAUUUCACAACACAUAAAAAUCUCUCAUGUAUAGGCAGCAAAACUUGCCCACUUUCUGUCACCAAAAUGGGGCAUGUGUCAUGCGAAUUCGGCAUUGCAGAAGUUUCUCGAAACCUGUGAUGCUAGAGCUUCCAUGCCAGACCUUCUGUGUCGUGCAAAAGUAGCACGACUCUUCCAGACCCAGACAGCACAUUUGCAUUUGAUACGCUGGAACGUUCCCGGGGUGAACCACCCGUCUCCCCAGGAGUUCUUACCACCGUUGAACGAGGACCAGACGAUGAGUUAUCAUUUGUAAAAACGUCGGGUCCCCACCCCAUAGUCAAGAUGGGGAAUCUGCUACACAAAUCCACAAGUUUUGGCUGUCGAGCAUGACAAGUUUUUUGAAACUUCUUCCGAAAAGAAAGCAGCAAAGAAAGAGCGGAAACUGCAGUCCAAAAACGAAAAACAAAAGGACGUGAAGUUGGUAAAGGAAGGCGCUUUCACGGAGAGCGUAAACGAGGGGAUAAGAGAGGAAGGGGAUGUUAACCGGAAGGAGGUUGAUGAGUCACCGUAUUAUCAGGAGAAACCGGUAUAGAAUGAUUUCGUAGGUGUUUGAUGGUUGCUUCUGUGCAUGACAAAAUCCAGGUUCCUUGGUUUGGCUUUCUAUAUGUAGCGAAAGUUGGAUUGGUUGGCACUUGUUGGCGAAGUUUGGCUAAGUGGGAUAAGUUGGCGUAAAGUGAGUAGGUAUCGUGGCCGGGAGAUGAUGGUGAUGGCAUUUCGAUGUCCGCCUGACCCACCUUCCCUGCGUGACAGCCAUCUGCGGCCGUUUGCACAGGGGGAGGCAAAGUGUGUCGCACUUCGGUUUAGCAUGACAAGUUCUGGCCCGUAGUGUAAUCCUGUUUAGCUCGUGCAGCCGCAUGACAAAUUGACUAUCUUAUCCUGAUUCUAGCAUGACAAGCUCCCAGAUAGCAUUAGAUAGAAAAUGGCUCUCAUGGGGCUGCGCCGCAUGAGAGACGCUUUCAACUUGCGGAUUUGCACGACAACUAUGGGUUGGGGACGUUUUUACAUAUGAUAUGAGUGGCGGGGAAACUGGUGAUGGUUACGCUGCAGGCCGUGCGCCGGUGUUCACCGGCGGGGCAACGACGUCUGGGUCGGAGAACAGUCGCUACCUCUUAUCAAACGGAAAAAUCCCCCCUCCCCAUAUCGAAAUGGAAAUCUGUGAUGCAGGAUUUGAGGCACCAAGUCGACUUGUCAUGCUAGAAGGCCAAGAGCCGCAGUCGUGGUCUUGUUUGCAGGCAAUUUGUCAUGCUGUUUCCCACUCUCAGCUGCCUCCAAUCAUGCUGAAGAUGCAAGGCUCCCCCACGCCACCCAGCACUACAGUCCGCAUCUUUUCCCGUGUAGCAUGACAAAGCUGAUUUGUGACAACAAAUCUGCAUCACAGAUUUCCGUUUUGAUAUGGGGUGGGGGGAUUUUUCCUUUUGAUACCUCUCGUCCCCGACUUACGAACCGACAUCCCGGUCGCAGGCUACGCCCACGAGCCGGUGUAUGGAAGCGUCAGGUUUGAAAUCAUCAAAGUUGAAAUGAUUUGUAAUGCAUAAAAUGAAUGCCAGUUGGAACCCAGUUUCCAAGUGGCGCAUGACAAAUUUCGGUGGUGCCUAAAUCCAGUUUGUCAUGCUGUUUAGGCAAAGAAGAGUGAUUUUCUCAUGCUACUUUAGCAGCUCGAGCUGUAACCCCAAACACGCUUACACUCGGCCUCACUUGCCUGCUCUGCAACGCACGUGCCUCGGGUCAUGCAUUUUAUGCAUUACAAAUUAUUUCAACUUUGACGAUUUCAAACCUGACGCUUCCAUACGGUGGGGCACCACGCCGACAAGCCGAAGCGGCCCGAACUCCGCCGCCUCCCUCGCACCCUCGGCGCGGACGGCGGUGGUUGCGGCACCGGGGUCGAGCGCAUCCUGUCGGACGGUUUUAUGGCCUCCUCGGACCACCUGGAACAAUCUCAAACUCAAUUAUACAACCGGAAGAACAAGAAAGGUGAUGCAAAUGGAGUCUAGCGUGAACACUCCUCGUCCACCCAAUCGCAUUGCAAUUCGCACAAAAUUUGUCAUGUAGAAGUGGCAGGAAAUACGCUCUACUGCUCUUUCCGUGUAUAGUACAAGAGUUGUGAAGAUUUUCCCAGCUUUAUUAUUGCAUUGAGUUCCAGCUACAAACAUACUUAAUAGGUUGAGAUUGUUCCAGGGCUGAGCAGGGCAUAGGUCUCUAGUGCGGCUUCCAUGGCUGAGACAAGCAGGACCGCGGGCUCGUCGCGCCGCUCGCAGCAGGUCUUUCCUGUCUCCUCUUCCGUGAGACACGGUCGGGGAUACAACAGCAACAGCACACCGUUUAGGAAGAGAAAAAGCUUUGUCACAGGCACUAAGUCAUGUCCUUGCAGGUUUUGCAAUGAGUACUUAGAAACUUUUUUGGCACACAAAAUUUUCCCGUGGGUUGCAGAAACUGCACUGACUUUGUAGAUGCAAUUUGUCCUGUAGGAUGAAAAAGCUUGGCUGCGAUGCAUUUUUACACACGCACGACAGACAUUUUUUUGCAAAAGCGCACCUGAGCAGGAAUCGUGAUCGUGACGAACUUUUUCCAAUAUUGGAUACUGGUAAUGGAAUUUCCAGACAAUAUCGGGGGAAAAGCAGACUACUCCAGCGACCUCGCGGACGACAACCCCUGCCCCUGCUGCUUCUCGCGCAAAGGCGGCUUCGUGUCCGGGGGAUUUUUUUGAGCGAUAGAGGAAACUUGCAGUUUCUGGUGGUGUUGUGUUUGAUUUUGAUUUUCGCUGUAGACGCUCCAGCUGAAGUACAGUAUUAUCUCUUUCUCAUCUGUUUCUGUUGUUCAUCUCUUCAGUUUUCGAGGUUGCCUUACAAGAACCCUGAACAACUCGUUUAGGAGGUCGUUUAGGAGGAAUUUUUGCGAAAACGAACCGAUUUUGCUAUGAACUGCAAAAGUUGUAUAGUACUGUCGUAUAAAUGCAUAAGAAAAACAAAAAGUUUCGUAUCGCGUAGAGGUUCGUAUGGGGAGGGCUAGCUGAGUAGGAUAGAGAAUCUCGAUUUCGAUAUCUGUUUGCGUAUCGAGGUUUCACAGCGUUAGCGCUCGUUGUUCGAUUGGCUAAAGCAACACACAAUACCAAACAGAUUCCACAGUUGGGGCAAAGGAUGGGGUAGUGGAGUAGGUAGCUUAGAUGUCCACUACGCCUGAUGCCCCAACAGACUCAACGACAUUCUUUAUCUGUUACUAGCUUGCUUGUUUUUUGGCGGGGUUAAAAAAGAAGGGCAAAGAUAAAGAUGUCGCUAGGGCGUGAUUCCUAAUGUUCAAGAAGGCCUUUUUACGUAGUGACUUAUUUCUUUGCAAAUGGACCCAAAAUAGGAGACCUAAGGUUCGGGUGUGAAUUUCUUGACCCAGCUUCUAUUCCCUUCCUUGAGUUGCUGCGGUGUUGAAGUUUACGCCUAUGCUCGACUGCGCGGGAGGGUUUUUGCCUUACCCCUCUAAGGUCUCAGGAAUCACGCUGCCACACUGUCUCCAAACCCACGCCGACAAUUAUACCAAAGAGCAUUUUUGACAAGAAUUAAAAAGCCACAAAGAAGCAUACUGCAGGGGGAAGGGGAAAGGCUUGCUGCUACGUAAAAAGCGCAGCCGUGCAUCUCAGAGGGCUUGCUUGGGGGUAGUUUCUGAAUAUUCUCAUCAUGCGUUUAUUUUGUCGAGUCGGACUCGAAGUGAAAAUACAAGUCAGCAACUAUCCCCUUCUCUGCCUUCCUCCUGUAGCAAUACUUCCAAAAAGAGCUCAGUAGGACCAUCAACAUCGCGCUGCGCCAAGCCAUGCAUGUCAUGGCAACACAGGAUCCCAAAAGUUGCUUCUUCAAAACUCACGCAGAUGUGAUUCGAGAUUUCCCGACCUUUAGGCUUAGUUUUUUUAGGCGUGCGGGGCGGGGCAGUGGGCCACUCGGAUCAGGUACAGAAGCACCACCGAAAA